AUGCAUAUGAAUUUGAUCGAUGAAGUAUUAACAAAAUGGAGAAGGAAAGAAAUAAAUUUAUUUAAAGUUUGUUUAUAUUUUCACUGUGUAAAGAAAAGUUUAAAAUUGUUGGAAAAUAAAAAUGAUUUCUUCAUAAAUCUUAUUGACGAUUCAAUCUUUGAAGAAAUAAUAAAUUUAAGUAAACAAAAAAUAACAGACAAUAAUGAGAAUAAUAAUAAUAAUUAUCACUGUUAUGAUGAAGAUAAAUUUUUCUUUGUCAUCUUUGUAACGUUUAUUUUUAAUUUAGAAAACGAAUUUAUAAAUGAUCAAAAAAAAGGACUUCACCACUUAAUAAAUAAUGACAAUAAGAAAGAAUAUGAGAAAAAUAUACAACAUAAUAAGGAUAAAUUUAAACAAAAUAAUAAAAAUAUAAAAGAUAAUUCUUUACAAAAUGUAUUUAAUCAAAAUAAAUAUAAAAAAAUAGAUAUACUUAUCAAAAAUAUUAUAGAUUUGGAAAUAUCACAACAUAUAUCAUCACAACCCAAAGAAAAUGAAUUUAUUAAUCAUAAAAUAUAUGCCUUUUAUGCUAUUAUGGAAUUUAUUUUUCAUAUAUUACAAAAUAAUGAUGACCAUAUAGGAAAAAUAUUUUCUAAAUAUAUUAAGAAUAUAUUUACAACGCUUUUAAAUAUAAACCAUACCAUUUUAUACAAUCAGAAUAUUUUAUUAUUAGCAAAUAAAACAUUACUCUUUAUUGUAUAUGUUAAUCAUCAUUUAAUAAAAGAUAAUGAAAAGGAAUUUUUUAAUUUUCUAUUUAUACAGUUAAACCAAUAUAAUGAACAUAUCUUACCUAUCAUCCAAGAAAUAUUUGUAACUUAUUUAAAAAAAAAAAAAAAACUAAUGUUAAAUAAAGAAAUAUAUCAAUAUUUAGAUAAUUAUCUAAAUGAUAAUAUAACUUUGUUAUUAAAAUAUGGAAAAAAAGAAAAUUUGUUCUUUUUCUUAAAUGUCUUAAGUAUAUAUAAAUCAUUUAUUAAUACAUACAUUAGUAAUAAUGAUCAAAAUGUGUAUGCCACAAAAAAUGAAGACAAUGUACAUAUUGUAUUAAAUAUAAAACAUAUUAUUAACAAUGUUAAUAAAUUAUUAGAAUAUUUAGUUCAUAUAUCAAACGAUUAUAUACAUAAUAAUACAGAUAUAGAUAUUUCUUUAUACAAUCAGGAUUCUAUAUAUUACAAUAAACAAGAAGAAAACACAAAUGAUAAAAGAAAUUCCUCUUUUGUAGACAAUAUUUUAAAAGAGAUAGAUAAAGAAAAGUAUGCUAUAAAUAGUGUAGAAAGAAUAAAUUAUGAAAUGAACACAACGUUGAUACACAAUUAUAGUCCAUAUCAAAAUAACAACCUUUUUAGUUAUAUAACAUAUCAUAUAUGCACAUUUUUUAACAAUAUAUCAAAUAUUAUUGAUACUGAAUGUAUAAGUAUCAAUACAAUGUAUUUUCUACAUUUUAUGAAACCUUUUCUUUCAUCUCAUAAUAAUGAAGAUGAUUUAUUCUUAACAUAUUUCUUAAUUAAGCAUCUUUAUACAUACACAGAAAAUUUAUUAAAAAAAUGUCCAAUCAUAUUUGAUGGUUUUGUGAAUUAUAUUAUGUACUUAUUCAAACAUAUAAACAUGUUAACAAAAAAUAAGUUUUUACUAACAGAACAGAGUAAUUUAAUUAAUAUAUUGAAUAAGAUUAAAAACGUGGAACAAGUAAAUGAUAUUGUUCAUAUUUAUUGUACAUUAUAUAUUCAUUUGGUCCAAAACCUUUGUCUAUUUCUUAAAUAUUUAAAAUAUUAUAACAAUGAAGAAAUUAAAGAAAAAAUUUUGGUGCACUAUGAAUAUUUCAUUUUCUAUAUAUUCCAUGAAACAAAUAAUGUUAAUUUCAAUAUUAUUUUUAAAAACAAUAACGCUGCUUUUGUUACAUUAAAAUUGUUAUAUAAUCUUUUAAAAAUAAACAAUUUCAAUUUUGAAAAUAUACAUAAUAUAUAUUUUAAAUUGUGCAAGGUACAGGAUCAUUUACAAAAUAUAUAUGAACAAAAUUCUCAAAAUUUGUAUUCAUAUCAAAACCAUAUGCUUAAUACAAAUAGUAUUUUUUAUUUAAACAAAAUAAAAACAUUCUUAUUAAAUAAUUUGGACUGUAUAUCCAAUGAUAAGAAAGUACCAUUUUAUAUUGCAAAGAAAAACAAAAAAUUAAAAAAUAAAUCACCUCGACAAAUUAAAAAAAUUCAUCAUAUUAAAAAUGAAAGUGAAUUAGUAUUGACCACGCAAGAAAGUGUUAAUUCAGCUAGCCAAAUUAUAAACAAGCAAAAGAAAAAAAAAAAAAAAAAAAAAAAAAAAAAAAAAAAAAAUGCUAUUAAUGACGUGAAAAGAAGCAAACAAUCAACAAAUGAAAGUAAUGAAUCAUUGGAUGAAAGGAUCGAUGAAGAAAUAGUACAAAAUACACAGAAUGGAAUAAUGGAUAAUAAUUUUAACGCACAUGAUAUAAAUGAAAUAGAACAAGAGCAAAAUGAAUUAAAUAAUGAUACGAUUGAAACAUAUAAUGAUACUAACAAUAAUGAGCUUAUAAAUAGUGAAAACGAUAAAUUAUAUAACAGUAGAAACCAACACAAUGAAUUCAGUUCAUUAUCUGUCAAGAACAAAUGUGAUGAAACCUUAAAGAAAAAGGUGGAUAAGAAAAAAAUAUUAAAAAACAAAGAUUUAGAUCAUAAUAACAAUGUUGCACAUAAAACUUCAUUGGAAAUAAAAACAUUAAAAGAAAAAAUAAAAAUGGUAUCAUCCUCAGAUGCUAUAAAUUCUUUAAAGUUUAUGAAACAAUCAAUUUUAAAUGAUUUAUAA